GUUUUCAUUGAAAUUAUAGACAAAUUGUUAUUACCAAGAAGGUUUUUUCUAGCUAAAUUUAAUAGUUUUUUUUUAAAGAAAGGUAUAAUCUGUCGAUAGGAAAAAUGUCUGAAGAAAUAAAAUUCAAACCAAAAAAGGUGAAAAAUCUUCGUGUUAGACGAAAUUCAUCAGACGAAGAUGAGGAACACAAAGACGAUGAAGAUGUUUUAGCCAAAUUAGAAGAAACAAAAUUGGCACAAAAACUUCGAAUUAAACCAAAAGGAGUGAACGCUGUUGCUUUGGCCAUUGGUAAAAAAGUGACUCCAGAGGAUUUGGUGUUAAAGAAUGAUCCAUUUAAAAUAAAAAGUGGCGGCAUACUCAACAUGAAAAACAUAAAGUCUGGAAAGAUGCAACAAGUCGAUGAUGCAUAUGAUGUUGGAAUUGGUACACAAUUUUCAGCCGAAACCAAUAAACGUGAUGAAGACGAAGAGAUGAUGAAAUACAUUGAAGAACAGCUUAAUAAGCGAAAAAAUUCGAAAAUCCCGAAUGGCGCCGGUGGCGAUAAUGAUAAUGAGAAUUUUGAUGAAAAAUAUUUGUCGCCUGAAGAGGCUGCCCUCUUAUCGUUACCUGAACAUCUUCGAGUUAGCUCGACUCAUCGUUCCGAAGAAAUGUUGUCAAAUCAAAUGUUAAACGGAAUACCUGAGGUAGAUCUUGGCAUUGACAUAAAAAUUAAAAAUAUUGAAGCAACCGAAGCAGCAAAAGAAAAAUUGAUUAGAGAUCAGAAAAAUAAAAAGUCAACGCCGUCACAAUUUGUACCCAGUAAUAUGGCCGUCAAUUUCGUACAACACAACCGAUUUAAUAUCGAUGAUUCGGAGACUAAACGUCGUAGACAGAAAAUGCAAGAAGAACGAGAACGGCAAGGCGAAGCAAGUAAAAAACCAAAUGUAAAACGUGCCACCGAUGACUAUCACUAUGACAAAUUUCGAAAACAAUUUCGUAGAUAUUAAAACAUUCGUGGAAAAUUGGAUAGAAUUUUAUGUUUACUUUUUAUGUCCGGUAUUCAUUAAGAAGAUUAAAUUUAAAAAGUGUUAUUUGCACCACUUGAACUUGUUGUACGCCUAAGAUUUAUCAUUGAAAAUACAAAAGAUGUCCAUUUCUAAAAA